AUGCUGUUCGGGAUCGAACCACUGAAAACGCGCCUGGAGGAACAGACCCGAAACGCGCCGCCCGCGGACGCCGAGGUUUGGGCGCUGUCGGUGCAAAAGUGCGAGUUCUUCCAUGCCGACGUGCAUGCCGGCAACCUACUCGUCUUGGAGGAUGGACGUGUGGGCUUCAUCGACUUUGGUAUCGUAGGCCGGCUGAGCCCCAAAAUGGCCACAGGCAUCGACCAACUCAACGAGGCCUUGGCGGUGGGGUGGCCCAAUGGGAAAGCCCAAGCGUUGAUCUCCAUGGGCGCCACCGUGGGCGAGGUCAAUGAAGAUGCCUUCGCAGCAGAUAUCGAACAGCUGAUCUCUCGACUAGGAGUGGAGCACAGCAUAUCUUCGGACUCUCAACAGGAGAACACUGAGUACCGACUCACAAACUAUCUCAGAGGCUCUCUGGAGAAUGCCACGGAGAGCACUGUGGACGAGUCCCAGAUUCAGGACAUCGUGCUGGACAUCGCACAGGCAUCGUGGUCCACUGGGGCAUCGUGGUCCACCGGGCUCGGCACGGGCAGUGAGAAGCAAGACACUAUCCCAGACACCACCCAUGGGACUGGCAACUAUGUCGCGGGGAACAACGGCCUGAAACUCCCACGAGAGUUUGGACUUCUCAUCAAACAGUCCCUCUACUUCGACCGCUAUACCAAGCUCUUAGCGCCGGAGCUCAACAUGAUGUCCGACGAGCGCAUCUCCAAGUUCGGCGCCGACGAGCGAGUCCCGCCUGCGGGUGCCGCGAGUCCCGCUCCACGGGAGCUGGAGGUGCGGAGAUGGGGAAAGUGA